AUGAAAAGAUCCGAGAGGCCAAGAACUGCAACCACCUCAAAGCCAAGAACCAGUUCCACUUUAGCAAACAAAGAUCAGAAACAGCGCCCUGGAACUAGUAAAGGCAAUGGAACCAAACCGUUGAAUGCUUUUCAGCUUGUUUCCAGAGUUUUGGAUGUGACUGCUUCUGAUCCUUCUUCUACACUCACUCUAAAUGAUUCAACAACUGGAUCCGAGUCUUCUGAAGUCUAUGAAAACGUCAAUCUUCAUUACAUGGACGAUGCUAAUAACGAGAAGCCAAGGGGUAAUGAUGAGACUCUCAUGGACUACGGUGAGGAAUCAGGGACUGAUACAAACAAUGAUUCUGUGUCUUCUUCUCAAGGAGGUGAGGUUUUUUCCCUUGAAGAUAAGAAGUCAGAAAGGGCUUCUAGGGUUCCCAAGAGCAGAAGCUCUCAGGAUAUAAUACCCUUAGCAUCAAAGGUACGAACCAAUGUUGGUUCGGUUAGAUCUCGAUCUAAUACCUUUCAUGGAACUGCAAGAAAGACAGUUAGAUCCAGUAAGAGUCAGCCAAAAGCUUUGUCUGAUCUCUCCUCUUAUAGAAGCUCACCAAACCAGAAGACUUUUGCUUCUGAAGAAGUGGAUGAAACACCUUUUGAGGAUGCAAAAGAAGAUGACAAGUUUGAAGAUGCGUUGAAUAAUAACACUGAAAGUGACAAUGAAGUGGUACCUGUGGACAAGGAAGACAGAAGUCAUGAAGUGUUGACUCAAAAGAUUGGGACCUUGGAAUCUCGAGUUGAGCAACUUGAAGAAGAGCUGAGAGAAGUGGCUACUCUUGAGAUGUCACUAUACUCUGUGUUUCCAGAGCAUGGGAGUUCAGAACAUGAGCUGCAUAGACCUGCACGUGACCUUUCUAGACUCUAUGCGCUUGCUAGAAAAAGUCAGAGUGAAAACAAGUUGACCUCAGUAGCCAAAAACAUUGUUUCUGGUCUGUACUUGGUUUUGAAAUCCUGUGGAAGUGAUGUACCAAGGUUAACUUUCUGGUUGUCAAACACUGUCAUGUUGAGAGAGAUCAUUUCACAUGAAUUUGGUGGCACAAAUCUAAAUGGAUCAAAAUCACUUGAAGAAGACUGGACAGAUACAAGAACUCUGUUAGCUGCACUAAGAAGAGUUGAAUCAUGUUUAUUCUCAAAAACUGUUGAUUCCAUAUGGUCACAGGUCAUGCUGGUUCAUAUGAGACCUCAAGGAGUAAACUCAACAAAGGGUGAAAUGAUGGGGAGUUUCUCAAAACCAGAAACAUGUGACCGGUUACAAGAGAGCUUUUCUGUAAACCUAUGGAAAAAAGCUUUUGAGGAGGCUAUUGAAAGACUCUGUCCUGUUCAAGCAGCAUGUGGGUGUUUGCAUGUAUUGACAAGAAUGGUUAUGGAGCAAUGCAUUGCAAGACUUGAUGUGUCUAUGUUCAAUGCUAUUCUCCGUGAGUCUGCUCAUCAGAUACCAACUGACCCUGACUCUGAUCCUAUCUGUGACUCAAGAGUUCUGCCAAUUCCAGCAGGUGUUUUGAGCUUUGAAUCUGGCGUAAAACUAAAAAACACGGUUGGAUACUGGUCAAGAAUGCUUACAGACAUCUUUGAGAUCGAUGUUGAUCACUAUGAGGACAAGGAGCAACAUAUGCAAAGAGGAGAUGAGACAUUUAAACCUUUCCUCUUGCUUAAUGAACUGAGUGAUCUCCUCAUGCUUCCAAAAGAAAUGCUUGUAGACAGUUCUACCAGAGAUGAGGUAUGUCCAUCAAUUGGCUUGAGUUUAAUAAAAAGGAUCUUAUGCAACUUCACACCAGAUGAGUUCUGCCCAUACCCUGUCCCAGGAGCUGUUCUUGAGGAGCUCAACGCACAGAGCAUAAAUGAGAGUAGAGCCUCAUCAGGAGAUGCAACUAGAAACUUUCCUAGACAAGUCAAGUCCGUUCAGUAUUGUCUUCCUUCUAGUGCACAGUUGACAGAUAUGGUUGCAGAGUUCAGUGACAACCUUAAAGUUUCCAUGAUACAAAACAUAGUAUACAACAACAACAAUGAAGAGGCAGAAACAUCAAGAUCUCCUCCAUACUACAAAAUCAUCAAAGGAGUUGAAGAAAAGGACAACCUUAGUUUCUCUCCCACUAACGAAAGAUACAGACUCCUUGGAGAAAUCUAA